AGCUUCGUUCUUGAAAUCCACCCGCGAUAGUUUUGUACCUUCUCUGUAAUACGAGCACCUUCGAACAAACAUGCAACCGACCAAUUCCCAAAUGAAGAGCGCAGCCACCGCAUCCCUUCGCAAGAAGGUGGUUCACUCGGUCGACACCCCCUAUAGCGCAACUCCAUGGCCGGACAUAUCCACCGAUAAUCAGGAGGCUAUACUCGAACUUCUUUGUCGGUUUCUUGCUCCCCUCGGCCAGUGUGCUCGGAGCAAGCAGCCAUCUAAGGGGAAGCGAUCAAGAAAGCGGAAGCGGAAAAUGGAACCAGAUGGAGAGCCGGCAAGGCCUCCGAUCGUUAAACCACCUCCACCCGAGACAGCUCCGUUUGUCGAUGUCGGACUAUCCAGCAUUACGAGGACGCUCCAGGAACUAGUAUCGCAGCAUAAUCAGCCGAUUCAGCUCCCCGCCCCCGAGUUGGAUCUCGAUUCGGAUUCUGAUAGCUCCCAACAACCUUACGCCGUCAUAUUUAUCGCUCGAUCGGGGUAUCCUUCUGCAUUUACGAGCCAUUUCCCGGAAAUGGUAGCUGCCGCCUCCCGGGUGUUGCCGUCGGCGUCGCCAAUUCGGUUGGUUGGCUACUCGAAAUCAUGUGCCGACAGAUUGAGUGCAAGCCUUGGUAUCUCCAGAGUCUCUUCUGUCGGCAUUCGCCAGGGGGCCCCCAUGUCCCAGGCACUUAUCGACUAUGUUCGGGAUUGCGUCCCGCCCAUCGUGGUUCGCUGGCUCCAGGAGGCCGAGAGCGCGGAAUAUCGCCACACCUGCUUAGUGGCUGAAGAGAAGAUGGUAUCCAUCCAAAAGACAUCUCAGCAGUGACUUGGCUUGAAGCUAUGCUGCUAGCAACCCCCGCUUCACUCUAACUUUGAUGGCCUGUGAGGGCACAUCCUUGGACAACAGGACACGACGGAAGCCCAGU